UACUUAUGUCAUUCUUGUAUAAAUACACAUUCAAUCAUAAGCUUCAAUCCCACUACAACAUUUUCUACACAAACAAGAGCAAAAAUGGCUACAUUGAGGCCAAGAGAUGGAGGAUCAUCUGAUACAAUCCGGUUUGAAGACUUUCAUCCCAAAUCGGAUAGGCAAGAAGAAGAAGGAGCACAAAUUCUAACUCUUCAUCUUCCUGCAGGGUUUGAUAAGGAGCAAAUAAAGAUCACAUAUGUGCAUUCUACUAGAAUCGUUAGGGUACAAGGGGAGAGAUCCAUUGGGAAAAAUGUUUGGGGCAGAUUCAAUGAAACAUUUCCAGUUCCAACAAAUUGUGUGGUGAACAAAAUCAGUGGCAAGUUACAGGAAGGAGUUCUGACCAUUACAAUGCCUAAACAGAUCAUGACACCAUUGAUCAUUAGUCCAAAGGUAGAUGUCAGACCACCUGAGCCAUCAAAAGAACCCAAACCAACCGACCCACCAAAAACUGGUUCAGACCCAGUUAGGUCUUCAAAGGAUCAACAAGAACCUAAACCAACUGACCCACCAAAAACUGGUUCAGACCCCAUUAGGCCUCCAAAGGAUCAACAAGGACCCAAACCAGUUGAGCCUCCAGUCCCUCCAAAACCUGCAACUCCAGAGCCAAAACUUAAGCCUGUAAUCUCCCCGAAAGAAGACGGUAAAAAGGUCGUCUCUUCACAAACCCCUCAAGAAGCUAAGCAGAAGCAGGAGAUUGAAGAAACUUCAAAGGCGACAUCUUCUACUACAACCACUGUGAAGGAAGAAGAUGGCGUUAAAACAGUGCUGAGUGAGCCAAGAAAGAUUAUAGCGAGUCUCGACAAGCAAAGUGGCAAGAAAAGGAAAGAAUUGGUGAUAGCAGAUGCUGCUUUAGGGAAGAAGGAGAGGAGAGAAGAGAAGGUGAAGGAAGAUAAAGAUUCCUUGCUUGAAAAAUUGAAGGAAACGAAAAAUGUGUCAAAGAGAAGUGGGAAGGAACUAGCUUUUCAGCUUACAGAGGAGAGAAAAGCAUUGUUGAAUGCAGGUGUGGCAGUUCUGGUGGUUGUGGCACUUGGUGCUUACAUUACUUACAGUAUUAAGUCCUCUGGAAAUACCAAAAACUAGUUUGUAAAUGUUGUAAAAUUAACUUGAAUAAGAGUCAGUUUGCAAGUGACUGGCCUAAAAUAUAUGUAAUUUCAUAUACUCAUCCAAGUGUACUGCUUAUUUAUCAAAUUCACUUCCUACU